CCUCAGAGGUGACGCUCGCUCGCGUCUCUCUCUCGCCCGCUUGCACCUCGCGCGGCAGAUGCCAUGAUGCAGCCGACCGACCACCUCCUCCGCCCCCACCCUUGGUCCGUCCGGGCGACGACGACCGCCUCGCAUCCGCAACUGCGCGACCUGCUCGCCUACACCCCCGAGGCCGGCAACGCAGUCUCGCUCGUGUGCUACGACAGCAUCUGCAGCGUCUCGCUCUACGCCGAGCGACCACCCGAGUACACGCCGCUCAAGUUCUCGCCCUCGACCAUCUCGACCGGGUGCGGCCUCGUGUGCGUCGGCGGCCAGUCGAGCGAGCUCGCCCUCAAGAGUGCCACGCCCGGCUCCGACUGGUGCCACCAGUACCUGCCCGCCACCUCGCACGCCUCGAGCACGGGCGUGCGCACCCUCCACUCGGGCUCGAUCAACAACAGCAUCUCGAUCGCGCCCUCGCCGCACUCGCCGUCGACCCCGCGCGUCCUCGUGUCGUCCAACGACGAGGCGAUCCGCGUCUUCGAGGUCGCCGGCCACCCGCCCGACUUUCGCGCCGCCAAGCGCAGGCGAGAGCGCGAGCGCAGGACUCGGGGCAGCGUCGUCGACCUGUCGUGGGCAGCCGCCGCAGGAGCAGGAGCAGGAGCGUCGUCGGCGAGCAGGUCCGGGCGCACGGGCGGCGGCGACAACGAGUCGGACGACGACGACCGCAACAGCGACGACGAGGGCGACGAGCGUCGCAGCAGCCCCGUCGAGGAGCACCCCUCGUUCGACGCCGGCGGCGAGUGCUUCCUCGCGCCCAUCCCGUCGGCCGACAUCCGGCUCCGCACGGCCGUCAACCACUGCUCGGUGUCGCCCGACGGCAAGUGGCUCGUCGCUGUCGGCGACACGAACGAGGUCUUCCUGUACGACACGCGCGCGGCGGGCUACGAGCUCGCGCACACGUUCACCGCGAGCGACGAUGCGAGUUUCUCGACCGACUGGAGCGAGGACAAUGUCACGUUUGCCGUCGCUUCGCAGGACGGCUUCGUCCACGUGUACGACCUGCGCGCGCUCCCCUCGUCGUCGCGCCCGGCGUCGCCCACGCUCCGAGGCGCCAACUCGUCGCCGCGCAAGGUCGCCGAGCUGCGCACGACGCAGCCUGGCCCGGCGGGCGCGGCGCGCAAGGUGCGCUUCUCGCCCGGCGGGAGGAGGAUCGACGCCGGGCUCAUGGCCUUUACCGAGCACCGCAACCGGGUCCACGUCGUCGACGCCCGCACGUUCGAGACGUUCCAGAUCCUCGACGUCCCCUCGGCCUCGUCCUCCUCGUCUACCUCGUCCUCCCCACCUCCUCUCCGCCCACGCCCGCAGCCCCCGGCUCCCCCUCCCGCUCCUCACCGCCCCACGACUCGCACGCGCCCACCCGCCCCGCAGCGGCACCGCAGCGGGACGCACACGCCGCGCGACGAGCGCGAGCGCGACGUGUUUGAGCGCGAGAUGCGCGAGAGGAGCGAGAGGCGGCUCGCGGAGGAGGAGGCGAGGGUGAGGAGGUUCAGGGAGGAGCUGGCGGGGCGGGAGGGGGAGGAGGAGGAGCAGGACGAGGAGGAAGACGAGGAGGAGGUGGACGAGGAGGAAGGGGGAGAAGAGGAGGACGAGGAGAGCAGCGACGAGCACGCCGAGGGGAGCGAGGACGACGAGUCGGCCGGAUCGAGCGUCAACACGACGCGCGCGAGGCGGUUCGACGGCGGCGAGCCGGCCGCUCGGAUCCCCAUCAUCGACCUCUCGACACCGUCUCGCGCUUCCCCGGCACCGCCCGACACCGACUCGCUCAUCCACCGCAACUACCUCGCCGGCUACGCGCCCCUCGCCCUCGCGCCCCCUCCUGCCGCCUCGUCGUCGGCCUCGUACACGCCGUUCGAGCGCACCUCGUUCCUCUCGCGCAUCCCGACCUACGCCUCGCCGCCGCACCUCUCGUCCAACGUCGCCUCGGCGACGGGUCGCACGCCCGCCUCGUUCUACUACGCGACGUACCUGCCCGGCUCGUCGGGCUCGACCGCGACGGCUCCUCCAUCGCCGCCGCUCGCGCCCGCGACCGCCAUGUCGUACUAUCCUCUGCCGCACCUCCCCGGCGGCUUCUCCUCGUCGGUCCUCGGCGGGUUUGGCGCAGCCGCAGGAGCGGCAGGAGCGGCAGGAGGCGGCGGCGGGGCCUACUACCCGGCGAGCGCCUACUUCCCGCUCGACAGUGCGCCGGGCGACCUCCUCGGCCUCGACUGGGACGAGCACGGCGAGCGGCUGUUUGUCGCGACCGCGGCGAGGGUGUGGGAGUGGGAGGUGGAUCGCGAGGCGAGGAGGGGCAGCGCGGCGUGGGGCGUCAGGUGAGGGCUUGGGGGGCGAGCGCGAGAGGCGCCCGUCUUUUCUGGGCUUGCGAGGUCGUGCGUUGGCGUGUUAUUGUACUGCACCGUUCUAUCUCGUC